GCUUAGUGUUGCCACAAUCAUACAUAAAGGACAGGAGUGUUUUGUGCACAUAGCUGUGGCUGUGUUUGUAGUGUGUAGUGCUUCUUUAUGCCGGAACAAUGAGGGUGCUGGCUUUCCUCUUGCUGUGUGUAUGGCUUGUUAAAGGGGAGCAUCUAGAGCUCGAUCAAGUUGUAUUUGUGCCAGAAGAUUGGCUCCAUACAGGCCGAGUAUCUCCUCAUGAGGAAGUGGAGCUCACUUUUGCUCUCAGGCAGCAGAAUGUGGACAGACUUCAGCAGCUGCUGCAGCUUGUCUCAGACCCUGAUUCACAGCAUUAUGGGAAGUUUUUGACCUUAGAGGAAGUGGCGUCCCUGGUCAGGCCAUCUCAGCUGACCGAGAAAGCCGUGUGGAUGUGGUUGCAACGUCAUGGGAUCCGAAACUGCAACACAGUGCUAACACGAGACUUCUUACAGUGCACUAUGAGCGCUCAGGUGGCAGAAACGUUGCUUCCUGGAGCUGAAUUUCACCGCUACAAGAGAGGUGAUCAGACAGUAAUGAGGUCAUCUUCUCAGUACUCGGUUCAUGAAGACGUGUCUGAGCAUCUGGAUUUCGUGGGUGGUGUACUACGUUUUCCGCUGAGUGGUAAAGAAAUCAGUAAGGCCUGGGAAGGGCCGAAGCAAUCUGGAAAGGCUUUUCAUUUGGGUGUGACUCCUUCAAUACUAAGAACUCGCUACAACCUGACUGCAGCUGAUAUUGGCAGCGCUGCUAACAACAGCCAAGCAGUGGCGCAGUUCCUUGAGCAGUAUUACCACCCAGCAGACCUGGCUGAGUUCAUGAGUUUAUUUGCGAGAGGUUUCAAGCACUUGACUGAAGUUGAGCGAGUGGUGGGAACACAGGGAGGAGGAAAAGCAGGACUUGAAGCCAGUUUAGAUAUAGAAUACAUCAUGAGCACUGGGGCCAACAUCUCCACAUGGGUUUUCACCAACCCAGGUCGACAUGAGACCCAGGAGCCGUUCCUUCAGUGGAUGCUGCUCCUUAGCAACAUGUCUGUCGUGCCUUGGGUGCACACAAUCAGCUACGGGGACGAUGAGGACAGUCUGUCCACUGCCUAUAUGAAUCGCAUCAACAACGAAUUCAUGAAGGCCGGCCUUCGAGGAAUCUCUAUGCUCUUUGCAUCUGGGGACAGUGGGGCUGGCUGUCGGCACUUGACCAAGGAAAAUGUGUUCAGGCCGAGCUUUCCUGCUUCAAGUCCAUAUGUGACCACAGUGGGCGGGACAUCCUUCAAGAAUCCUUUCAAAGUCACCUAUGAGGUCACAGAUUACAUUAGUGGGGGUGGCUUCAGUAAUGUAUUCCCAAUGCCAGACUAUCAGGUUAACGCAGUGAACGCAUAUUUGAAAGCCGGACAAAAGCUUCCUCCAGAGUCGUAUUUCAACCGCAGUGGAAGAGCCUAUCCUGACAUGGCUGCACUGUCUGACAAUUACUGGGUCGUGACAAACCUUGUGCCCAUCCCAUGGGUAUCUGGAACAUCGGCCUCAACUCCAGUGGUAGGUGGAAUCCUCUCACUCAUUAAUGACCAUCGCUUCCAGAAAGGCCUUCCUUCUCUUGGCUUCCUCAAUCCACGACUGUAUAAACUCAAAGGCACUGGUCUUUUUGAUGUAACAGAGGGAUGUCACUUGGGUUGUUUGGAUGAUAAGGUAGAAGGUCAAGGUUUCUGUGCUGCUUCUUCAUGGGAUCCAGUGACUGGAUGGGGAACCCCAAACUACCCUGCUUUACUUGCUGCCCUGAUGGACUAAAGCCUCAGAAAAGCAAAAAGGUUUGAAAGAAAAACUUCCCUUCAGUUUGCCAUGACCUUGAGGAUAAUCUAUACAAAAGCUGAAUGUCACAGUAUGAUUUUUGUAAGGCAUAAUGUUCUAACUACAGUUUAUUGACAUUUUAUUACUAAGCCAAUGCAUCUUGUCAUGGUGUAUAUCUUUUGAUUGUUAAAAUAGAAAAACACCACAUACCUUCCCCUCUUGCAGUAGCUUUUUUUAAAGGUAGUGUUAGCAGUAAAAAGCUCAGGACUAAUGCUUAGAAACACAAGCACUAAUGUUUAAAGACUUGCUUUACUUAUGAUUUACAGAUGACUAAGCCACAAAAUCCACUGUUCCCUGCUGUUAUAUUCAUAGAAAUAUACCACACUGGAGGUCUGUAUAUAGUGGGUUUUUUUUUUUUUUUUUUUUAAAUGUGGCCUUAAAACCUCUCAGGCCCUUUGACUCGUAUAAUACAAUUUUCAGGCAGAUUGCACUAAACAAUUUAUACAGUGAAACUGAGAGCCGGGUUCUUGGUAUCGGUAAAAGUAUUUGAUACUGGUGGGGAAAAAAACACCUUUUUUUUUUUUUUGCUAUAAGUUGUGCUACAAAGAUAAGAACUGGAUGUAUAACUGACUCUUAUACAGAAACACUUUGGCAUUAAUCAAGGUCAAAUGCAAUAUAAACCCAUCAUUAAUGACAGCAUACAGCCUAGAGCACCACAUUUGUGUGUAUUGGUUUUUUUUUUUUAAAUAUAUGUAUUAUUGCUGAAAUUUGUUUGUGGUCAUGAAUUUUGUUUUAGAAAUACAGAUGUUGUUGUUAAGCCAGGUCUGUUAAUGCAGGAAACAUGAUUGUGUCAUUUAAUGAGCAAUGUUUAAUGAUUGAUGGAAAUUCAAUAAAAUUUUUGAAACCGUU